AUGGCACUCAGCGAUGGUGGCUUCGCGCAUUUGUUCCUGGUUCUGUCGUGGAACCUUAUGUGUCGCUCGAAAUCCAACAGAGACAGUCCGGAUCGCUUUGGAAAGUCACUUGCUGCGUUGGUUUGCGGAGGCAGCUCGAAAGCAAAGAAGGACAUUGGGACUCACUCCAUUUGGAAGGGUGCUGCUACGUUUGUGUCAUCGGGCAGCACCGGGGGUCCGUCAAUUAUCAGUGUGUGCCUUCGGUGUGGAUGGUCCCUCGGAAAUGUCAUGGAGAGGUACUUUCGGUAUGAGGCAGCUGGUGACCAGUUCACUGGUCGAUGUGUGGCUGGAUUACCACUGAACUGCGCUGACUUUGCUGUCCUGCCUCCACAUCUUUCGGGUGGUAACGACUUAGUGGUUGGCCAGGCUGUCCAGAUUAUGUUUCUGUCCGUUUGCUCCGAAAUCCACCUGGUUCCAAUUUUACAGCUUAUUUUGGCAAGUUUGGUGUAUCACCGAAUUGUUUUGAUUGGGUCCUUGCCUCCUCACCAUGCCCUGCUGUCCACAUCGCUGUUUACGAACCCAGACCUGUUUGCCAAUCUUACUACUAUUGUGAUUUCGGGCUCAACAUCGUCAUGCUUGCGAGCCAGCGGAAUCCCUCCUUAUGUUGAAAUAUACAGGAAAUUGGGAAAAAACGAAGUGAUUUUGAUAUCCAUGCCCGCCAAGAUUUUGGACGGCGUGCGGAGUAUUGUCGAAGACCAUGGUGUGGUAGCUGGCAACAUUACACGAUCGGUUCUAGAGUCGUCUAUUGCCAGUGCCUUGUCGUCCAUCCAACAGUCAAAUAGCGCCAUGUCCCCCGCACAACAAUUGCCAAUUGAUUCGCAGCCUCUGGUGUAUGAGCCAUUUCACUGGGGUCGGAACAUGGCCCUCAACCCCUCGGAGCAAGAGGUCUCCACGUCGUUCGACACGGCGCGAGGCCUUUUCGACCAACUCUGCGGUGAAACAUCAGCGAAACGUGUGCGGCGUGACGGACAGCUCAACAUCACGACGCUUGUCCGUCUUCUCCGCCAACUCGAGCCUUCCAAGACGCCUCGGGUCUUCAAGAAGCGCAAACGCUCGGAGCAGCGAGCAGGAAGCCAUGGGUCACUAGCAGCGCUAUUCCAACUGGUCCGGCAAGUCCACCAACGCCAUCGCCAGGUGAUCCUCAACCAUAUGCGCCGUCACUACGUCCUUGUCGGCAAUGAGUUUCUGGAUCAUGGGGGCAACAUGCCAUCUCGGUUCAAGCGCCUGUCGCGCAUCUCCUAA